AUGCCGUGGAAUCCCGUCAACCUCCCCGUUCCAGUAGAAUUGGCUUGCAACCAGGGUAACACUGAACUGGUCAAAAUAUUCCUUGAAAACGGUUGCAGUCCAAAUCUCCCGACGUCCAAGGGUCGUCUCAUUCACUCGGUGCUCGACUGCAUGAAGUCCGGGGCCAUUAAAUUGGAAGACGGGAGAGAUCUGAUUGCAUUUAUGAUCAAGAAAGAUCUACAGUUGUCUAUCGUCGAUGCAAAAGGUGAUUCUCCAUUACAACUUUCGGCGGAACUAGGCGAUGUCGAAACAUUGGAACUGAUUAUCAGUCACUCUCCGGCCAGACACCAGUGCGAAAGAAGCAUCGGUAGCGGAUUUAUCCCUUUACAUACUUCCGUAAUGAGAGGAGACCUGGACUGUGUGGAUAGAUUACUACGACACUACCCUGCUAAAUUUAUUAAUCAGUAUGACCAAAAUGGAGAGACAGCUCUUAAUCAGUGCCUGAAAAUGAUCCGUAAUAAUGUGAAAUACUUGCAAACCAACAAGGACGGUGUGGUCUGCCUGGAGACUAAUCCUGACCAACGGAGAUUAUUCGGACAUCAAUGUAAAUUCGUUGGUAUUAUUGAGAUGUUACUAUCGGCCGGAGCCGACCCAAAUUCACUUUACUUCGAAAAUACAUUUGAUUCAACGAGACGGCAACAAUCCUUUCUGCCUCUAUUCAUUGCUCUAGGCAUUCUGUCCAUGUAUGAAACGCGUUACGUGCACGAAGCGAGACCCUCGACCCUAGAGCUGGAAAAGACGGAGGAUUAUAUGAACCUAUACCAAAGCAUACUACAAACGUCAGAAGAUUUUCUCAAUCUGUACAAGAGCAUUGUCCGAUUACUUGUUCUUUGGGGGGCUACACUUGAAAAGACAAGUCGUGUAUAUUACAAGAAUCUUUUUGCUAAUUGCCCCAUCGUACAAAAUGUGAUUGAUGAAGUGUUCGACUACUGGUCCUUCGUCAGAUUUACCAAAAAUAAACCAAAGAAGCUGACCCACCUGUGCAGACAGGUCAUCAGAAGGAGGCUUCGUCAGGCAAAGUCCCUACACGCUAUAGACUCCCUGCCUUUGCCUGCAAACCUCAAGGAAUAUGUGAAACUUAAUUACUUUUGA